AUCGCAGUAUUUUUAUUUUUGUCAGUAGUCAACAGUCAACAUUGAAAUCUGAAAGUGAAUUUGAAAAACAAAAGAUAUCAGGAAAAAUUUCACUUUAAGUGGUAUCGUUAUUCUUUUAUUUUUAUCACAAUGGCAUCCGCAAGUACAACAAGCGCAAGAUCUUUAUUUUCAGAUUCCAAAAUGCGUUUAGCCGAUCGUGUUCAAGUUAAUGUAAAUAACAUUUCAUCCUUAGCUAGACAAAUUACAAGAGGCUCUAAAAGUACAGAGAUCUUGAUGCACUCGGCUCGAAAUUUUGCUGCUCAGGAACAAGCAAUGGAAAACACCGAAAAUAAUUUGAAAAAACUACAACUUUUGUCUAUUCAUUUGGGAUAUCAGCACGAUUCCAUGUUGAAAUCAGCUCUACAACUCGAAGAAGUUAAAGAGCAAGUUUGUGCAAUGCAAAGAUAGGCAUCGUGAUUUUUUUUACAUUCCGUUAUAAGCCAAAACUUGUGCGAGCUCAAGAUCAAUGAGAUCUUACUCAUCAAAACUUAUGCAUGAAUUUUUACAUUCUGAGAACAAUCCUAGUUAAUAAUAGCACAGAUUAUAAUAUUUGAAUUUGAGCAUGUAUCCUGAAUGUGAGGACAGAUUCCAUAUUAUCUGUAAAAGGCUGGACUGUUCAGGGAUCAUAUGAUUCUUCUUGAAAAUGUUUAAAUAAUAUAGUCCUUAUACUGUCAGUUCUAGGUGGUACAUGUGAAAAUCUUGGGAAAAUGAAAACAAUAACUCAAAGUGGGUAAUUUGCCAAAAAUUCUUAUAGGUCAUUUAUAAAUUCAGAUACUAAUUAUGACUGGGAUCUUUCCUAACCAAACGCUGUACAAAAAACUGGGACAGGACAACAGAAUUUUUUUGUUUCCUGCAAAGAUGAUAAAUUUAUGAAUGGCUUCUGUGAAAUUAGUUUUUUAUAUUACGAAGGGUCAUUUAUUUUGUCAUGCCAUACAAAUUAGACUUCUCAAAGGGCAUAAAUGUAAGGUCCACCAACACCAUACGUGAUUGAAGCUAUCCACUUCCACAGAGUACACUGAGAAAACAAUAUUGAAUGGUUAUUUUUAACGUAGGUGUACAAUCUUUCUCUAUUUUGAGAUAGAGAAACAGAUUAAUUUCUU